UCAUCGCGACUCCAUCGUCACUUUUCUUUCUCUAAGCUGUCUAAUAGGUCCUUCGUUUCCUGUCGGGCAUUCUCAUACAGGGCAAAUCAUUUGCAAGGCUAGGAAUGGACAAUGGUUGAAUUCAAUUUCGAAUUUGUUUAGCCUUAGUUUCUCUCGACUUUUAUUGAAUUGACACAUGUGAACAUACCGUCCAUUCAGCUGUUCAAGAAAGGGGAGGGGUCUCGAAGACGACGAAUACCAAUUAGAUGUUCUCCUAACUACCGAAAUCCUACGAUAUACCCUCUCGCGAUAACGAACAACGAAUAAACCAUGGCACCGACAGCUCUCUCCACAUUCGCAAUUCUCGUCGUCAUCUUCCCUCUUCUCUACAUAUAUACUGCGUCAGUGGCGCAAACACGAAUGCCUACGUUGCGGGGGAAGCACAUAUGCCUGUUAAUCGCACACCCAGAUGACGAGGCUAUGUUCUUUGCACCCUCUGUAUUAGCCCUCACACGCCCUGAAUCUGGCAAUCAGCUUAAGAUCCUAUGUCUUAGUUCUGGCAAUGCAGAUGGUCUAGGAGAGACCCGCAAGAAAGAGCUUGCGAAGAGUGGCGUACUACUCGGCCUGCGCAGUGAAAACGAUGUCCUCGUUUAUGAAAGCCCUGACUUCCCCGACUCCAUGACAACAACCUGGGACGCCUCCAAAAUCUCCACUGUCCUAACCAGUGCCUUCGCACCACACCUCUCCUCCCAAAAACCGACCAACGAUUCCACCGCUCCAACCGCUACCAUCGACGUUCUCAUAACCUUCGACGCGACCGGCGUAUCCUCGCAUCCGAACCAUAUAUCCCUAUACCACGGCGCUCGCCGCUUCGUAUCUUCCCUCACAAAAGGACGUCCCGGCUGGGCCUCUCCUGUUGAUUUAUACACAUUAACAAGCGUUGGAAUACUGCGAAAGUAUAGCAGUUUCCUAGACGUUUUCGCGACUGUCGCCGCCGUAUCAUUUUCUGCUUUCGGACGAAAUACACCGAAGAAAAGCGAUAGAGGGAACCCGGGUGUAUUAGUUAGUGUGAGUACUCUAGUCGGGUCUCGAGAAAGCUACGGCGCAGCGAGAACAGCCAUGACGGAGGCACACAAGAGCCAGAUGGUUUGGUUCCGGUGGGGAUGGAUUGCAUUAAGUCGAUAUAUGUAUGUGAAUGAUCUGAGACUAGAGAAGGUCAAAUCAUGACUUUCACAAUGCUACAAAACCCAUAUUCCACAAUAAGCCGGGAUGAAAGAUCCUAUGAAUGACGUAGAACCAAA